CAAUCAAAGAUGCACAGUCUAGGAGCGAUCUAGCCUCUUAAUCCGUUCGUAUGCUGGCUAGUGGAUUUUCAUCUCGAUUCAGACUAUGCAGAGUUUUGCGGCUUCAUCACAGCUAAGUAAAUGAAGAAAAUAGGAAAUAUCUCGAUAUUUAUUAAAGAGGACAUUGAGACAAACAUGCCUCUACUGUAAAAUACAUCUACUUGGGCACAACCAAAAUUUUGUUCAGAGAGAAGGCAUACUAGGUAUACGACUAAACCCUGAUGAGCCUCAAGUUUAAGCUGGUUGUUCGAGCUUCUAAAAUCUAAAAAUAUCCGGUUUGCUAUCUCGGGGUAGCGGCAAUAUCAAUGUACGGCAAGGAGGUCCAGGUUCCGGAAGACGCCGAUGUCACCUCGCCGCUCCCACGCGUUGGGGUGAUAUAGACUCAUAUAUUAUCUCGUCAAGGCAUGCGAAACAUGAAGUGAUGAUCAUAUUCUGGAUUAUACAACUUACCUUGCCUCGAUUCUUUUUUUCUAGGAAGACCGUCAAAAAAUAUGCCAUCUCCUAAGUCCGCCGCCAUCAUCGGCACCAUCGCUCUCCCUUUUUUAGGGGCAGCAUUUCCAUCAGUAGCGCCGGCAGCCGAGUGUGCGCCGGUUCCGUCCGCGGGCAAGUAUCCCACAUACCAGCAGCUUCCCACGCAGACGACGCUCCCAGACCCGUGGCUGCCGCUAGCAUACACCACGACCGACAGCAAAGGUGGUGACUCGCCGUCCUUCGCGUCUGAUGUGAUGGUAGGUAAGGGUAAGAAUCGGAUCCAGACGCCCGAGGAAUGGUACCGAUGCCGACAGCCCGAGAUCCUUCAGAUGCUACAAGAAUAUCAAUACGGUUACUACCCCGACCAUUCCCAAGAGACGGUCAAGGCAACACGUAGUGGCAACACAGUUAAUAUCGAAGUGACGGCAGGGGGAAAAACGGGGAAAUUCAGCGCCACACUAGCAUUGCCAUCGACAACGCCUGCUCCCGUCGUAAUCAAUAUCGGAGGUAUGACGAACCAGCCAUAUCUCCAGGCCGGCAUCGCUGUCGUCGGCUUCGAUUAUUCUCGCGUGGCGGCCGAUAGCAAUGCUGGGACCGGCGCCUUUUGGGAUAUCUACAAAGGACAGGAUAUCGGCGUCCUCACUGCAUGGGCGUGGGGUUUCCACCGCGUGCUCGACGCGCUCAAUACCACGGUACCUGAAAUUGACAGCACGCGUGUGGGCGUGACAGGGUGUUCGCGGCUCGGCAAGGCGGCGCUCGCGGCCGGGCUGCUCGACAAGCGUAUCACACUGACGAUGCCGAUGAGCAGCGGGGUGCAGGGGCUCGGACCGUACCGGUACCAUGGGCUGAGCGGGCAGGAUGAGACGCUCGAGAACAGCAAGAGCGGGGCCGGGUGGUGGACGGACAAGACACUAGGCACGUUCGUGAACCACGCUGAGAGUUUGCCGUACGACGCCCACACCAUAGCCGCCGCCAUCGCGCCUCGUGCGCUCGUUAUCGAUCAGGGCACCGGCGAUCAGUUUACGAAUUCCAAGGGCACUUCCGUCAUCGUCUAUCCCGCCGCCAAGCUCGUCUACGAUUGGCUGGGCGUUCCCGAUCAGAUCGCCAUGUCCGUCCGCGGUGGUGGCCAUUGCGACAUGAGUGGAUUUAACAGCGUUCUGCCCUUCGUAACGAAGGUACUCCAGAACCAGACCAUCACUAAAGACUAUGAUGAUUUGGGGAGUUACGGUUCUCCGAUGACAACGGCAUAUCCCUGGGCCACUGCGGUACCCAAGGCGGCAUGAAUUUUAUGAAAAUUUACGGUAGCAAAUAUCGGGAUAUCGGGAUAUCGGGGUCUGUGUACAAACAAAAAGAAUCAGAAUCGCAAAACUUUGGAUUUCAAGAACUAGUUCCAAGUAUUUUGUUUACACGUAGCCAGCAAA